GCUGCCGCCACCCGACAGCACGAUGUAUGUAUGCCCGAUGCAUUGCUUCAAACACUCAAAGUUCCACCUCGUGCAGAUUACGGACCGUUGCGGUGGGAAAAAUCACUUGUUAGAGCAGCUUUGCUACAAGCUGCAGGUUGGGAGUGCCACUCAGUUGGCGGGUGCAGUCGAAAGCUUGCUUAUGGUCAAUACUGCAGUCCCGUCUUUGGAGGAUUUUGUGGAACAAGUCUGUGACGUCGUCCUGGUUGCUGGACGGGAGUUUCUUCCAAGACCCACAGAAAGUCCGUGCGAAGUUCCCAGAAUUCUCGAGGGGUGGCUGGAUGUUCUGUCUGCGGUAACUAGAAGCCAAUCGAUCUCGUAGCUAUUUGAUGAAGGGGAUUCCCGAUGGAACACGCCGAGCGUAAUCUUCGUACUGGGAUCCAAAGAAGCGGCGGAGAAAGUACUCCUCGCAGCUGACGACAGGUAGUGUUAUGAAGGAAAAGAGUAACAAGGAGGCAACAUACGCAAUGCGAGAGUGAAAGAAUCUCCAGGUGACAAUCGCGUAGGCGAUGGUGCACAAGGGGUUGAGCAUCAUCACCUGUGUUCCCACGGACCACAGAAAGAAGCCGGCAUAGCCAGGAUGGCGAAGGAAGCUGGAGCACAGGUCAGUGAGACGGGCGCGGCGGCAUGAAUUCUUCGAUCACGCACCUGUAAAUCCCGUGCGUGACGAGGAUGUGAUUGUCAUGGCGGCGAGUCUUGAUGUCGUGAGUGAAGCCAUUCCACGCGGUUAGAAUUCC